AUGCUAGGAAAAAUCGCUCUCGAAGAAGCCUUUGCGCUUCCCCGCUUCAAAGAAAAGACAAGAUGGUGGGCAGGCAUGUUCGCUACUGAUGUUGACAAGCACGUCUCCGAGAUCAACGACGUGGACUCCAUCCGCUUGAACUUCGCCGAGAAGCACGGCGUCGGUUUACAGAUUCUCUCAUACACCGCUCCAGGUGUACAGGAUAUCUGGGAUGCAAAAGAUGCACAAGCACUGGCCGUUGAGAUUAACGAUUACAUUGCCGAGAAGGUGCAAGCGCACCCCGAUCGAUUUGCAGCUUUUGCUACCCUUUCCAUGCACGAUCCCCAAGAAGCAGCUGCAGAACUCCGUCGCUGUGUAUCGAAGUAUGGUUUCCUCGGCGCUUUGGUUAAUGAUACCCAACGUGCAGGACCAGAUGGCGAUGACAUGAUCUUCUAUGAUAACGAGAAAUGGGAUAUCUUCUGGCAGACAUGUGUGGAGCUCGAUGUGCCUCUUUAUCUCCACCCGCGUAACCCCACGGGUACUAUCUAUGAGAAGCUCUGGGCAGAUAGGAAGUGGCUCGUCGGGCCUCCUCUUUCAUUUGCACAAGGCGUGAGUCUACACGCGCUGGGUAUGGUUACAAACGGAGUCUUCGACCGCCACCCCAAACUGCAGAUUAUCCUUGGACACCUGGGUGAACACAUCCCCUUCGAUAUGUGGAGGAUUAAUCACUGGUUUGAGGAUCGGAAGAAGUUGCUUGGAUUACAGGAGACGUGCAAGAAGACGAUUCGGGAGUAUUUCGCACAGAACUUGUGGAUUACUACGUCGGGUCACUUCUCGACCCCGACCUUGCAUUUCUGUAUGGCUGAGGUUGGGGCGGAUCGAAUUUUGUUCUCGAUUGAUUAUCCGUUUGAGACUUUCGAGGAUGCUUGCGAGUGGUUUGAUAAGGCCGAGUUGUCAGAGACGGAUCGGUUGAAGAUCGGGAGGGAAAAUGCUAAGAAAUUGUUCAAGCUGGGUGCUUAUAAGGAUAGCACCGCUUGA